CGAAGUCCCACUUGACUCGCGUAAACUGGGCCCUAGUGGAAAUGCGGUGUUCACCAAUGCAUUCCCAUUCUGGAGACACGCGCCAUCCCGGAGUUACAGUCGAAGUCGCGCGGAAAAGUGAGCCUCCGUGAACGUUGAGCAACAGAGCAUCGUAUCACCUUUCUAGAAACUCUCUACAGAGAUCUCAACCCUGAAGAAGAGAUCACCUGCCAACGUAUGUGAUGUGAUCAGGAUGGAAAGUUACCAGCAACAUAAACAAAUGACCCUCCUGGCUGCCAUUGUCCAGUCUCUUGCAAUCAAACAAAAAGUUGGACUUUUUUGCUGUCACAAACACUACUGUGUAUUUCCUGCAGUUCAAUUCCACGGAAACAACAUAAGUGAAGUAUACAAUACAGUGGUUUGGGGUGUUGUCUGCUGUACAUCCACAACAAGGACAGUGCCUGGCAAUACUUCAGCAAAAAUAAAAAAAUGUAGCACAAAAGAUGCUGAAAUCUUUAUGGGAGAAGUUAACACACGUUUGACUAAUAGAAAAUCUCAAAGCUCUCAGGAUUGGAAGGACAUUGGGGAACUGGAAAAGGUGUUAGAGUCGACAAAUGUGACAAGCACUACAUCCAUUUCUUCUGGUCAUUUAGUUGCACUUCUACACCAAGCCAAAUCCCCCACACGCCUUACAAUCUAUGCCAAUAAUAGUGAGGUAUACUUUGAGACUGUCCCCAACACAAAAGUGCUUGUUCAUCUACCAAAAGAUUUGGGUGCUGGACCAAACAACACAAUUGUGUUCUGCAUGAUCACCUGGCCUGAAACAAAUGGGACCGUAUUAGGAGCCCAAGGUUUGUUAUAUGAGAACAUAUUGGUCGGCCUGAGUGUGAGUGGCAAGAAUGUCUCAGGACUACAGGAACGUGUGAACAUCACUAUGAAUGUGACUACACCUAUAAAUGAGACGCAUGAACCCAGAUGUGUGUUCCUCAAUUUUUCCACCCAGAACUAUGGUAGUGAAGGCUGCCAAACCCUGUGGGAACGUAAUCAGACCUACAUCACCUGUUCCUGUGACCACCUCACAUACUUUGGCGUGCUCAUGGUGAAUUCUUCUCCUUCACCAAGUGACCAGAAGAUUCUGUCAUACAUCACUCUGAUUGGUUGCAGUCUUUCUCUCUUUGGCUUGAGCAUCACGGUUCUGCUUUUCAUCACACACAAGAAAUUCAGAGCCGAUGUUUCCAUGAAGGUUCACAUCAGCCUUGUGUUCGCGCUGAUUCUCCUCAACGUCCACUUUCUCCCCAGUGAGAUGGUGGCAGCACUCUCCUCCAAUAGUCUCUGCGUUUACAUGGCUCUUGCUCUUCACUACUCUCUUCUGGCCACCUUCAGCUGGAUGGCCUUAGAGGGGUUCCACCUUUACCUUCUCUUAGUGAGAGUAUUCAAUAUCUACAUCCGGAGAUACCUGCUCAAACUCAGUGUGGUGGGAUGGGGUGUUCCUGCUGUCAUUGUGUCCCUGGUGGUCAUAAUAGACCGAACAGCGUAUGGUUAUACCCCUGUGGACUCACGUAACCCAAAUGGCACCGCAAUAUGCUAUGUAACCAAUACCACAAUGAUGAUGGUGACUACAAUGGGAAUGAUUGGAUUGGUGUUCAUCUUUAAUGUGAUCAUGUUGGGGGUGACAGUUCGACGUUUCAUAAGUCUGCGACAAGGCCAAGAGACAAACUGUUCCAGAGUUAAACAAGACAUCUUUUCUCUGCUGGGAAUCGCCACUCUGCUCGGCAUCACAUGGGGUGUGGGCUUCUUCUCAAUAACCACUGCUGGUCAAUAUGUCUUCUGCAUCUUGAACUCUCUGCAAGGUUUCUUUAUCUUCCUGUGGUUUGUGAUGUCUUUAAGAAAGAUGCAAAAAUCAGCUGCUGAAGUGAGCAAUGCAACACAAAGUACCACUGAGCCUAAGAACUGAAAGUAAAUCGUCAAGAGGAUUAAUGGGAUUAUUACUAAAAAUCGAACUGUUGCUUUUGUUUUGUCUUUAUUCUUACUGUACAUACCUUCUAAUGUUAUAAACAGUAUGCUAAUUGCUUAAAUGUUUAACCAAUCUGAUAUUACUGUACUUGCAAAACAUUUACAUAAUUAUAUUGUUGUCUUUUUAAAAAAAAUUAAUGCCAGAAUAUUACAUCAAAUUAAUCUUUAUGGUUGAAUUUCAUCCAAGCAUCCGAAUAAAUUAUGUCCAGCCAUCUCAA